GACCGUCCUCACAGGAAGCAGCAGUGAAGGAAUGAGUCAGAGAUUCCUCCCUCAGCACCUGCAGACUGAACCGGGAGCCUGAAACAUGCCGAGCUGCUCCAUUCUGCAACUCUGUCAGUACGAAACCAACAAGCUGGUCCGGAUCCAGUCGGUCCGGCUCGGCUCUCUGAAGUGGAGCCUGAACGCUGCCAUCCUGCUCUUCAUCUGCAUCAUGAUGUUGUGGGACAGGAAGUACCAGGCCUUCGACCUGGUCGUCAGCUCCGUCACCACCAAGGUGAAGGGUGUCGCUCAGGCUCGGCUGCCCGGCGUCGGUGAGCUCGUCUGGGACGUGGCGGACUUCAGCGGAGCCUCUCAGGAGAAAAACUCCUUCUUCGUGAUCACCAACGUCAUCGUGACGCAGAACCAGAAGCAGGGAAAGUGUGCAGAGGUUCCUUCCAAAGGCGGAGGCUGUCGCUCUGACCAGGACUGUGAGAGAGGAGGCUGGGACCAGCACAGCCACGGGGUUCAGACGGGAUCGUGUGUGAAGUUCGACGUGGUGAGGAAAACCUGCCAAGUGUCGGCGUGGUGUCCGAUAGAGGCCAGGACCAAGCCGCCGAGACCGGCUCUUCUGGCAGCAGCCGAGAACUUCACCGUCCUCAUCAAGAACAACAUCCGGUUCCCCGCCUUCAAUUUCAUCCGACGUAACAUCCUCCCAGGUAUGAACGAUGCCUACCUGAAGACCUGUAACCAUAGAAACGACCCGCUGUGUCCCAUCUUCAGACUGGGAGACGUCGUCCGGGCGGCCGGAGAGAAGUUCUCAGAGAUGGCGGUGGAGGGGGGCGUCAUCGGCAUCCAGAUCAAAUGGGACUGUAACCUGGACCCUCUGAUGCACCACUGCCUCCCCAGAUACUCCUUCAGGCGUCUGGACGAGAAAGAAAGCAACAAGACGCUUUACCCCGGCCUCAACUUCAGGUUUGCGAAGUACAACCUGAUGGACGGAGUGGAGCAGCGGACGCUCUACAAAGCUUUCGGGAUCAGAUUCGACGUCAUGGUGUUCGGACAGGCGGGGAAGUUCAGCUUCGUCCAGCUCGUCCUCUACAUCGGCUCGACGCUGUCCUACUACGCUCUGACGACGGUGCUGAUCGACUGGCUGAUCGGAACCAGCUGCUACUCGGCCGAGGUGGGACACAACUACUCGGAGAGGAAGGUGGAGGCCGUCCGGGACCAGCAGAAGUGCGUCCUCUGCGUCUCCUACGUGGACGAGGACGACCUUCGACUGGUGAAGAGAUCGCAGAGGAAGAGUUUACAAGACGUCAAACCCAUGUCUGUGCUGCCUCGCAAGGAGGACCUGGGACACCUGAGAGCUGUUCUCUGCCUCCUGCAGCCCGGUAUUGGCCCAGAUCACGAUGCUCCUCUGGACCGUAAAGCCGAGCCGGACCCCCGACCCGAGCCUCCGUCCUGGUGUAACUGUGGCCGCUGCCGUCCGUCCUCCCUCCUGCAGGAGCAGCUGUGUUGCAGGCGAAGCUCUGGCAGCUGCAUCUCGGCGUCGCCGCUGUUCGACCAGCUGGUUCUGCGACGCCCCCUGCUGGAGGCCGUCCUGCUGUACCGAGACCCCCUGGUACCGCCGGCGGACCGGGUCCAGACUGCCGCCCUACGUCACUGCGCCUACCAGCAGUACGUCAGCUGGAGGUUCGGCUCGCCGCCCGACGACUGCCACCCUGCCAUCCCCAGCUGCUGCAUCUGGAGGGUCCGGGAGGAAUACCCGAGCCCAGACGGACAGUACCGAGGCUUCAGGCCCGCCAGAACCGCCACCAUGCAGGCCUGUGCUAACGGAGAGCUGUGAGGCGCCGCUGACCGACCCACUAACACUGUUUUUAUGCUACAGAGCAGAAAUAUGCAAUAACUUCACUGAGCCGAGCGGAAAAUGAAAAUCUGUCACUUUCUGUCAGCAGGAGGCGAAGAAAAACCUCCCAGAGUCCAUAAAUCACAGCGUUCUCUAAGAUCACUGCUGCAUUUCUCUCUGUUUCACUCCCUCUUUUUUUUUUUUCCUUUUAUAGGGAAGAAAAAAGUUUAAUGAGCUCAGACAAAAGGGAGAGAUGUCACAUCCGUCACAUCGUACAGAGAGAUGAAGAUACGGGAUAGAAAAGCACCAUUUAAGCAAAAAAAAUGAUUUCAGGUGUCAGCUCGGUGUGUUGAAGACCUGAUUUUAACCUGAAGAGAUUCCAUCAAGGCUUUAAACACACCAAGGUGUGGCGUCCUACAUGUCAAACAUGUCUACAUGUAAAAACAACAGUCGACUUCAGGAGGAGUUUCAGGUUGUUGUCGGGCACGAGGAGCGUUAAAAGAACCUCACAAAUGUGUGUGAGAAAAAGCUAAAACUAUCUGACAUAAGUCAUACAUUUGUGAGGAAAAAACUCAAAAGGUCCAAUUUUAAGACUAAGUUUAUCAGAAACAAAACAAAAAAGUCGGUAAAAUUCUGAGGAAAAUUCACAAAUGUUGAGAAUUCAAUUGAAUAGUCUUUUACAGUUAUACAUUUGCAUUGAAACCAUCAGAAUAUGCAAUAUUAAAGUUGUAACUUUAAGAGAAAACUAAUAAAUUUGACACCCCCCCCCCAAAAAAAAUUUAAGAGAAUUUUAAGAUAUUCUCUGAUUUAAAAACAACAACAAAAAACUCACAAAUUAGUGAGAAAAAGCUAAAACAAUCUGACAUAAGUCAUACAUUUGUGAGAAAAAAACUAAGAAGGUCCAAUUUUAAGACUGUAAAUUUAGGAGAAACAACAACAAAAAAAUGACGAGUAAAAUAACAAUUAUUGAGAACUAAAUUUAAUAUUCUUUUAGUCCUAAAUUUACAAGAAAAAAAAUCGGAAUGUCCAAGAUUACAAUUAAAUUUAAGGCAAAACAGCAGAUAUUCUAUAAAUAAAAUGGUUAAAUCACGAGAAAAAGCUCGGAAAUUCUUUAAAAUUAUAGAACCACAAAUUGAAAGAUCUUAAUCUUUGUGUCUGUCAGUGGAAAAACGAGCCUUUUUUUUCCUGAAAUGUUGAACUUCUGAUCCACUCAGAACCAAACUGUCCUUUAAACCUUUUCUUACUCUCCAGUCGAGCCGCUCCUCGGUCCCGUCUUGCAUCUGUUUGUUUCUAACGGAUGAUGAACGAGACGAACUCUUGAGCGCUCUGAUGGCGUCAGACCGCUGUUGAAAGAUCCAGUUUGAGCCGAACUCGGUCGGUCCAAAGUAAGUAGAGGUGGAGAUAAGAAGCUCCAUUUAUCACGCCAGGACGUGUUUCGCGGCAACGGCGGGAAGAGCGAUCGUACAUCAGCCGCCAUCGCUGCAGGAUGUGAAGCAACACGCGUCUGUGUUGGUUUAUUCUCAAUGCGAUCUGUGAAAGCUGUUUGUUUUUGAUGCGGUUACUGAGAGCUGACGCCACCUUUAGCUGCAAAAUUUGAAAAACAGCACGUUACAGGUUCAGUUUAGUGGCAUGAAACAUUCACUACCUUAAAGUAAAACGAGUCAACAUGAUCAAAUCCACACGCUUUUUAUAAAAAUCAGCUCUGAAACACACCCUUCCUGCACAGUAAGAGUCGGAGUGAUAUCAGCUGUUCGCACCGACGGCCAUUCUUCAGGCGGCCUCUUUGACAUUUCGGCCUUUCGCUCUAUAAACUUGCAGCCCUCCACUAUUGUUUUUAUAAACGCUCGGUUUGGAGCAAACAAGGACUCUUUGUUAAACGACCGUGGGCCUGAAAUAGCCGAAUGCUUUCAGCGACGGACAUCCCCGUUUCCUCCCAUUACUCAUCCGCUGACCCUCGCUGCUCGCUGGAGCCUGAAAUGGACCCGCUGGUGGCUAAUCGGGCUUGUUUUCACGCAGGAGUGUAUUUUAAGAGAAGCCCGUGCAGCUAAACAUGAAUAAUUCACUCGGCCGAUUCUGCGUGCGAACGGUGCUAACGUCCCUGCAGAUCGCCGAGUCAGAGUCGCGAUGGGCCGAUGAGCUGAUGCUCGACGGCAGAUGGGUUAGCGGACGGGUGGAUGGACGCAUCAGGACGCAUCGCAAAAAAACACACGUGAGCCUCGGCUACGAGGCGGCGUGACUUUAAUCGUGAGAAAAUAUACAUUUGGAGCAUGAAGUGUGAAUUUACGCCCUUGAAGAACAGCAAAAACAAGCAAUAAAAGGCUGAAACAUUCCAGCAGCAACCUCGUCUGCAGCGUGCAGAAAUGAAAUAUAUCUGAUUUGUAGUAAUAUAAGAGGAAGACAUCCAGAUGAAGCAAGUCGAUCAAGCUUUGGCGCCAUUUAAUGGUACUUUUUUUUAUCUAGUUAUCUGUGUUCAUGCUCAGCUUUUUUGUGCACAAGCUGAAAAUGUGCACAAACGGAUGCAAUUCAGUGCAGUCGGUUGUGUAAAAAGCGAACAUAUAAUCAAGAGAGUAAGACAAUCCGAGGUGAUUGGUGAGAAAAUAAUACUUCAAAAACUAACGUGUGUCGCACUAAUUCCAUGUGAACAAUUACAACUAUCCAAAAUGCGACAAGAAAAAGGAGAUAAUUACACCAUUUGCUCGCCAAAAUAGUUGAAAAACACUCUUAGACCUGCGUUGUUUCUAGCAGCCAGCAGGGGGAAAUGAAUAGAAGUCAAUGAGAAAAUUACCGAAUUCUUUCUUGAUUUGUUCCCUCAGUAAAUGUGUAUGCUCCUGCACAAAUGCACGAAUUGACAAAACAUAAAAUAAGCUCAAUAAAAUCACAAUACGUCACAGCCAGUUGUCUAAAAAGCAAACACAUCUCUGACUCUAAGUGGUCGUGAGAUUAAUCCAAGAUGAUUAAUGAGAAAAAAACUAAAUAAAAACAAACUUGUGCCGCAUAAAUUCCAUGUGAAUAAUUGCAACUAUCCAAAAUGCGUCAAGAAAAAGGAGAUUAUUACGCUCUUAACUCGCCAAAAUACUUAAAGACCUGCAUUUUUGUUAGAGGCCAGCAGGGGGCGACUCCUUUGCAAGCAGAAAUGAGAAAAUUAACAGAAUUCUCGCUUGAUUUGUUCCCUCAUUAAAUGUUUUUUCUCACGAGUUCAUGGUCUCGAUUGCUAGUUUCAGGUCUGGUUUAAUGCAGAAUAGCGUUUGUUUAGCAAAUUCUGAAUCAGGUUUAAGCCUUUUACUGUAUUUUAUGAGCUCAAAAGAAAAACAAAGAAGAGCAUGUAGCUGAAAAUGUCAAAUAAAAUGGCGUAAAAGUUGAUUAUUUUCCACUUUUCAGGGUCAAUGGACUCUAAAGACUCACAUUUUGCGCUUUUUUUCAGUUAUUUGUUUGUCUCUGGCGCAAUCGACUGAUGAAAUGUGAUGAAAAUUUACAGCAACAUACCAAAUAUUUAACUUUCGUCGGUCAUUUGUCCUCCAGGCGAGAAAAAAUCCUCAGCUAUACAGAACCGGACUCCCGUUCCAAAGUCAACACAGACAAACUUAAAGACAAACAGCGAUAUGUCAGAGUAAGCGCGAGCGGUUCAGUGAAAAUAUUAGAAACACACUUUUGAAAGUUUGUUUUUGCUCCAUUUAUUCUGACGGUAAAAAGGUUGAUGUUGAGUGUAAGAGGAGGUCGGAGGCGUCUCUGCAGACUCACCGUGACGAAUCUGUUGUGGUUUAUUAAAACGUAAAGACAUAACAAUUCACCAGAUCCGUCAGCUCACUGCGAAGCCUAUACAUCAGCUGGAUUAAAUGUGCUUAAAUGAAAUACUGGGACGUGAAUCCUGAUGAUUUAAAGUGUCAGCUUCUCUGUUGCUGCUGGGAUUCAACAGACUGAGUCCAAACAUGCGGCCAGGUUUCAGGUUUUUUAGGACGUGAGUUCAGUCGGAGGCCGAAUGUUUAGAUGGAAAACCUGUUUUUGUUCUCGUUGAUUUUAAUCUGAAAUAAACUUUCACCACAAACAUUAAUGUUAAAUCAAUAACUUGUGACUUUUUUGCAUGUUUUUUUUUUUUUUUUUAGCAUAACCCCACAUUCUCAACAUUGAUGAAUUUAAUACAGGGUUAUUUUAAUCUGUGAAUGUGUUUUGCAUUUUUUGGGGCUAAACCUAAUGUUGUUUUUUCAUAUUUUACAAGAUAACAGCGACAUUGCCACUAAAAUGUUGAUUUGUGCUAACACCUUCCUCAUCCUCUUCAUCCAGCUGACUGAAUGUACUUGGCUGCCUGCUACAAGACACCAUGUUUUAUUAAUGAUCUGUGUGCACGAAUGAAUAAAUUCUGUGUAAGUAGUGA